GUGUACAACGAACUCUACGAUUACUUGAGCAAGCCCGUGCCUGGCGUGGUCCUGAGCGUGAUUGCCAUCUUCCUGUGGAUUUUAACCAUUAUGAUGGAGUACCGGAAGUGCGUGGAGCAAGCUCUGGCGGUUUGGCAUCUCCCGACCUUGAAGACCGACGAUGAGUUCGAGGAGGUGACCGAUGACGGAGAGAUUCUGGUCCGUGGCAUAUCGAAUUGCUUGCGAGCGGUGGCCUUCGUCAUGCUUGUCAUUCCGCGCCUCUUGAUCAUGGGUGCACUGGCCAUCAGCGGGUCGAUCUACGUUGCACAGACGGCGUCCCUGUCGGACAUCGUGCUGAACUGCUUGGCCCUGGCAUUUGUCCUUGAUGUGGACGAGCUGGUCGCGAACGUUCUGCUGACGGAGAAGCUGCGUGGCCUUCUGACCAAGAUCCAGCCGAUCACUUGCGGUAUGACGAGGUCGGUGCGGGCGCCAUUCCAGGAUGUCCUGCGAAUUGCGUUGACCCUCGGCGGCGUUCUGGGAACAGUCCUGGUUAUUCUGCUGACCUUUAGAG